AGUCAAUAACAUUAUACCUUAUAGUUGAUAGCAAUAGCUACCAACCUAAAUGCUAUGCUUCUAUAUAUACACAUUCAGAGAAAGCAGAAGAAAUUUAUAGCGUGGAGGAGUGCACAACACAAAGAAAAGUAAACACUGCCACAGGAAGAGUAUUACAUUACAAUGGCAGAGACAAAAGGCACAGUUUGUGUCACUGGAGGCACAGGCUUCAUUGGUUCAUGGAUCAUCAAGUCACUCCUUGAACAUGGAUAUUCUGUUAAUACAACUAUUAGAUCUGACCCAGGACGCAAGAGGGAUGUUAGCUUUCUCACAAAUCUACCUGGUGCAUCAGAAAAGCUACGUUUUUUCAACGCUGAUCUAAGUGACCCAGAGAGUUUUGGUCCAGCAGUAGAAGGGUGUGUAGGGAUUUUUCACACUGCCACACCGAUUGAUUUUGCAGUGAACGAGCCAGAAGAAGUUGUGACCAAAAGGGCCAUUGAGGGAGCACUGGGAAUACUGAAAGCAGCUGUGAAAGCAAAGUCAGUGAAGAGGGUUGUCUACACUUCUAGUGCUUCUACUGUUUCCUUCACUGGCUCAGAGCCACAAGAUGUGGUUGAUGAAAGUGCUUGGAGUGAUGUUGAUUUGCUCAGGAAGUUGAAGCCUUUCAGUUGGUCAUAUACAAUUUCAAAGGUGUUGACAGAAAAGGCAGUGUUUGAGUUUGGAGAACAGAAUGGAUUGGAAGUUGUGAGUCUUGUGCCUCCCUUUGUUGUUGGACGUUUCAUCUGUCCCAAGCUUCCUGACUCUGUUGAAAGAGCACUGCUUUUGUUGUUUGGCAAAAAGGAAGAAAUUGGAGUGAUUCGUUACCAUAUGGUUCAUGUGGAUGAUUUGGCUAGAGCACAUAUCUUUCUGCUAGAGCAUCCUAAUCCCAAAGGGAGAUAUAACUGUUCACCCUUCAUUGUACCCAUUGAAGAGAUUGCUGAAAUUAUUUCAACCAAAUACCCAGAAUUUCAAAUACCAUCUGUAGAAGAGGCGAAGGAAAUAAAAGGUGCCAAGUUGCCACAUUUAGACUCCCAGAAACUGGUGGAUGCUGGCUUUGAGUUCAAGUAUAGUGUGGAGGACAUUUUUACUGAUGCAAUUGAAUGCUGCAAGCAAAAUGGUUAUCUUUAAAUCAUUUCACUCAUCAAAUUCACAAAAUAAAAUCAAUGAUUGUUGGAGGCAUCUACGCUGUUUGAUGCAUCUUGUUAUUUUCCUAAUUAGUCAAUAAUGGAUAUAAUUUUUGUCCUUUGUCUCA